AUGAGGAAGGCAGCGCUGGUGGUUUGGAUCAGCCUUUUGGUGCAAGUGUCCCACGGUGCUCACGGAAAUUAUGCCCGCAAACUGCUGGUUGACCUGAUGGAGAACUACUCCAACGCUCUGAGGCCAGUGGACGACACAGACAAAGUCCUCAACGUGACUCUGCAGAUCACCCUGUCACAGAUCAAAGAUAUGGAUGAAAGGAACCAGGUGCUGACCACGUACCUGUGGAUCAGGCAGAUCUGGCAUGACGCCUACCUGAAGUGGGACAAGGAGGACUACGAUGACCUUGAGAUGAUCAACAUCCCAAGCGACCUGGUUUGGAAGCCCGACAUCGUCCUGUACAACAAGGCAGAUGAGGACUCUGCAGAUGGAUCCAGCACUAAUGUGAAGCUGCGUUAUAACGGAGAGAUCAUCUGGGACUCUCCAGCGAUCACAAAGAGCACGUGUGUGGUGGACGUCUCCUACUUCCCCUUCGACUGGCAGCAGUGCAAGCUGACCUUCGGCUCCUGGACCUACAACGGCAACCAGGUUGACAUCAUUUUGGGGAUGGACAAAGGUGACCUGUCGGACUUUGUGGAGAACGUAGAGUGGGAGUGCCACGGCAUGCCGGCAGUCAGAAACGUCAUUAUGUACGGCUGCUGCUCCGACCCUUACACCGACAUCACCUACACCCUGCUCCUGAAGCGCCGCUCCUUGUUCUACAUCUUCAACCUGCUCCUGCCCUGCUUCCUCAUCUCCUUCCUGGCCCCGCUGGGCUUCUACCUGCCGGCCGAUUCGGGGGAGAAGGUUUCCCUCGGGGUGACGGUGCUGCUGGCGCUCACCGUGUUCCAGUUAUUGGUGGCCGAGAGCAUGCCUCCUGCAGAGAACAUGCCCUACAUAGGGAAGUACUAUAUAGUCACCAUGACUCUGAUCACAGCCUCCACGUCCCUCACCAUCUUCAUCAUGAACAUUCAUUUCUGUGGCGCCGAGGCCAAGCCGGUGCCCCACUGGGCCAAGGUGCUCAUCUUAGACUACAUGUCCAAAAUAUUAUUUGUCUACGAGGUGGGGGAGAACUGCACCACGGCGCAGAGCGAGAAGGCCCCACUGUACCCGGAGGAGUCGGCGAAUGACGGUGACGGCUAUUUCCACGAGUACCGCCCCGACGGCAGUCCGCACGAGUACAGCGACGGCCACGGCGCGCGUCAUCAGGGCAAGCAUCACAAAAGCCAGGCCAAUGGCAACGCCAACAAUAGCCGCCUCCAGUACAACCACAACAGCAGCCACGCCGCCAGGCUGGAGAGGGGCGAGGGGAGGCGGGAGCCCACACAGCGCGACCACCAUGUCAGGAGGGCCGAGCUGGUCCACGCGAAGGAGCAGCUCCUCUACCCCACAGAGACACUUCAAGUCCCAGCCUGCCCCUGCUGCUGCCCCUGCUCCCAGCAUCAACAGGUGGUGAAGAACAUCCAGUACAUCACCAACUGCUUCCGGGAGCAGAAGGCCACGUGUGUCAAGGCCGCCGAGUGGAAGAAGGUCGCAAAGGUGAUGGACAGGUUUUUCAUGUGGAUAUUUUUCGUCAUGGUUUUCCUCAUGAGCAUCCUCAUCAUCGCCAAGGCAUCCUGA